AUGACCCUGGGCAGCUGCUGCUGCGAGAUCAUGUCCUCCGAGAGCUCCCCGGCCGCGCUGUCCGAGGCCGACGCAGACAUAGACGUGGUGGGCGGCGGCGGCGGCGGCGGCAGCGGUGGGGGGGAACUCCCUGCCCGCUCCGGGCCCCGCGCCCCCCGGGACGUGCUCCCCCACGGCCCCGAGCCUACCCCGGAGGAAGCCGAGGCGGACGCAGCAGAGGACGAAGAGGAGUCCGGCGGCUGCUCGGACGGCGAGCCCCGAGCCUUAGCGUCCCGGGGGGCGGCGGCCGCCGCAGCGGGAAGCCCCGGGCCAGGCGCGGCGGCGGCCCGGGGCGCGGCGGGGCCCGGGCCGGGACCGCCGUCGGGGGGCGCGGCGACGCGGAGCCCGCUGGUGAAGCCGCCCUACUCGUAUAUCGCGCUCAUCACCAUGGCCAUCCUGCAGAGCCCCAAGAAGCGCCUGACGCUCAGCGAGAUCUGCGAGUUCAUCAGCGGCCGCUUCCCCUACUAUCGGGAGAAGUUCCCUGCUUGGCAGAACAGCAUCCGCCACAACCUCUCGCUCAACGACUGCUUCGUCAAGAUUCCCCGCGAGCCGGGCAAUCCGGGCAAAGGCAACUACUGGACGCUCGACCCAGAGUCGGCCGACAUGUUCGACAACGGCAGCUUCCUGCGGCGCCGCAAGCGCUUCAAGCGGCAGCCGCUGCCGCCGCCGCAUCCACACACGCACCCUCAUCCGGAGCUGCUGUUGCGUGGCGGGGCUGCGGCGGCGGGGGACCCUGGCGCCUUCCUGCCGGGCUUCGCCGCUUACGGCGCCUACGGCUACGGCUACGGCUUGGCGCUCCCGGCCUACGGCGCACCCCCGCCGGGCCCGGCCCCGCACCCGCACCCGCACCCGCACCCGCACGCCUUCGCUUUCGCCGCCGCCGCGCCUUGUCAGCUGUCGGUCCCCACAGGCCGCGCCGCUGCUCCUCCACCCGGACCUCCGACGGCCUCGGUGUUCGCGGGCGCAGCCUCGGCCCCGGCCCCUGCGCCCGCCCCGGGCACGGGGUCAGGCCCUGGCUCCGCAGGCCUGCCCGCCUUCCUUGGCGCGGAGCUGGGCUGUGCCAAAGCCUUCUACCCUGCGUCGCUGAGCCCUCCCGCAGCCGGCACCGCGGCCGGUCUGUCCACCGCACUCCUGCGCCAGGGCCUCAAGACGGACGCGGGUGGUGGUGCGGGCGGCGGGGGCGCCGCGGCCGGCCAGAGGCCUUCCUUCUCUAUAGACCACAUCAUGGGCCACGGUGGCGGCGGCGCAGCACCCCCGGGCGGAGGCGAGGGCUCCCCGGGAUCGCCAUUCGCGGCGGCGGCGGGUCCUGGGGGUCAAGCCCAGGUCUUGGCCAUGCUGACUGCCCCAGCCCUAGCUCCAGUCGCCGGCCACAUCCGCCUCUCGCAUCCCGGGGACGCGCUCCUGUCCUCAGGGCCCCCGUUUGGCAGCAAAAUCGCCGGCCUCAGUGGCUGCCACUUCUGACCACGUCGAGCUCAGGGCCAGUGAGGCCCGCACUCGUCAGCCUCUCCCGGGAGCUCCUGCGGCCCCAGCGGAACUCAGGGAGUCUAUUUAUGAAGAGUCUCCAGACCUUGGGUUGGCGCGCGUGACUUGGCACUUCAGGCUCCAUGCUCAGAAUCUUGCCGAUAGUUGGGGACGACGCGGGCUCCAUCGCUCAGGGAGAGGCCAAGGUCUACGCGAUGGAGUCGC